AUGGCUGAGAAAUUUGAUAACCUCGAGGAGCAUCUCGAGAAGUUCGUUGAAAAUAUUCGACAGAUGGGAAUCAUCGUUAGCGACUUUCAACCUAGCAGUCAAACAGGACUCAACCAAAAACUGUAAGUGAUGCCAGUUAGCUAGCUAGGUGUUUCUCGUAUUACUAGCCAUCAUAGCUAGCCACUUAAAUAUGUGACUACUACCUAACUCCCCAAGUUAUCAAUAGACUACAGUUGUUUGCAAAAGUCAAAUGAUGGUUAGCCAAUGCUAGCUAGUCUCCACAUAGCUAAGUUAGCUAGCUAGUUAGCUACUUUGAUAGCUAGCUAGUACAGUCAAUGUCAUAGACCAGGGAUGGGCAACUUCAGUCCUCGGGGGCCAGAGUGGUGUCUCACUUAAAAAAAAAAACGGAAGAUCAUAAUUUGUUGAUUAAAUGGAGUCAGGCGUGUUAGUUGGGGCUGGGGAAAAAGUGUGACACCAAUCAGGCCCCAGAGGACUGAAGUUAACCAAUCCCUGUCAUAGACACAUAGCAGGGUAUAAAAGACUGCACAUAGAUUAAUGACCUGAUUAAACGCUAACUGACAGUAAUGUUGAGGUAGGUAGAUGAUUUUGGCUGCAAUUUGUUGAAACGUCUCUACUCCUGUGCAUUUCAGAAACUACAUGAUCACUGGACUGCAGGACAUUGAGAAAUGUCGCCAGCAGCUACAUGAGAUCAACGUUCCUCUCGAGGCUUUUGAGUGAGUAGAUGUACCAACUGAAAUAUACGCCUGCCAUGUCUAGAUCUCUAGUUUAUUUGUGAGACUCGGAAGCCCAGGCUUCUCAUGUAACUUUUGAAAGCCUGGAGAAGUUCUCAGGAAGAUGAUGAAGAGGGGUGGUCAAGAUGUAAACUAGUGGUGACGCGUUGCCACGGGUUGGGGGAUUUUACCACAGAGUUUCUAAAUCCAGAGGCGCAACAUCGCGAGAAUUCCGGAAAUGCUUGCCAAGCAGACCAGGCCGGGGUUUCAGAAGUGAACAAUUCUUCUUUAGAUGUACAUUUUUCAAAAUCUAAAGGCACAACCUAGAUUUGAGCCAAUGUCUUAAGUAGUUGAACAUGUUAUUACUCCAACCUUGUGAAAGUGACAAACUUACACAUCUUAAGUCAAAAACAACUUUAUCGAAGGAGUGCCUUUUGAUUUGACGGCCUGCACAGUUCUGUGUGAGACGACCGUUAGACCCGAAGACAAGUUUAUGCGCAUGAGCUUAGCUAGCCAACGUCGCCAUGACAUCGCCUACAAGUGUGAAAUGGGAAUUUCUAUUGGAGAAUGAGUUUUCGCAUGUCUUUGAUUUUGAGAUUGCAUCGUCUAUCGAGGUUUGACAGCCAUCGUCGAUGGCGACGACAUCAUGAUGUCACAAUGUUUUUUUUAUUUGACUGCACCUCUGUAGUCUGCGCACAACAGAGCAGUGCAGUGAGCACACAGCAUGGCGACAUGCCAAAUGGCCUAUUCCCUAUUUCCCAUAGCCUAAAAGUUCAAUACAUAUGAGGUAGUAAGACUGUUAACAUAAUGCAAGAGAACAAUGUAGAUUGUAGAAAGAGCGGAGAGCACCAAAGCAGCACAUAGCCUACUCUUUCAUGAUCAACCAUCAAAUGAAUCUAUAGGCCUAACAGAGUUCCAACUCAGAAAGUUGUUUGUGAAUAGCCUAAAUAAAAACAUAGUAUGGUUAUAAUGAGAGAGAGAGAACAAACAAUUGCAAGAUAGACUAAUGGAAUAGGAAGUAUAAACACACUUUUUACGUUUCUGCUUUACUUGACUAAAGUGUUGGCAAAAUAAAACCAUACAGCCAAUAAUGUAGGCCUUCACAUAGGCUACUGUCAAUAAAAGUUGCAGUAAAUGUUACUUUGACAAGUUAAAAUUAUAAACUAAUAUUUAUAAUAUUAUCAGUGUUUAUUGUCUUUGAAUUGUGCAAUCGGGCAUAAGCUCCCGCAGCAGCACUUUCAAAAAGCGGAAACAAAAAAUGAAUUAAUGAUGAGUCGGAGUUUUCUCAAAUGUUAUUUUCAACAGCUUACAAAUUGUGCAUUUAUAUAGAAGUAAAAAACAAUCAGAUAAAACACAUUUAUUAUUUAGCUUAUAACAUUCUUUAUAGCACUUGAAUGAACAUUGGCUUAGGCAAAAAAUGAAUAGGCCUAUUAUCUUUAGGCUAUGCCUUUUGCCUAUCAAACUGUACACACAAUACCCCAUAAUGACAGUGAAAAGUUAUUGAAAAUGAAAUACAGAAAUAUCUAAUUUACAUAAAUAUUCACACCCCUGAGUCAAUACAUGUUAGACUCACCUUUGGCAUUGAUUACAGCGGUGAGUCUUUCUGGGUAAGUUUAAGAGCUUUGCACACCUGGAUUGUGCAAUAUUUGCACAUUAUUCAUUUAACAAUUCUUCAAGCUCUGUCAAGUUGGUUGUUGAUCAUUGCUAGACAGCCAUUUUCAAGUCUUGCCAUAGAUUUUCAAGACGAUUUUAAGUCAAAACUGUAACUAGGCCACACAGGAACAUUCAAUGUCGUCUUGGUAAGCCACUCCAGUGUAGAUUUGGCCUUGUGCUUUAGGUUAUUGUCCUGCUGAAUGGUGAAUUCAUCUCCCAGUGUCUGUUGGAAAAUAGACUGAACCAGGUUUUCCUCUAGGAUUUUGCCUUUGCUUAACUCUAUUCCGUUUCUUGUUAAGCAAAUGUUUACUCCUGAUCUCAUUUAGGCUUGCCAUAACAAAGGGGUUGAAUACUUGACUUACAUUUUUAAUUCAUUUGUAAAAAAAUUCUAAAAACAUAAUUCCACUUUUACAUUAUGGGGUAGUGUGUGUGUGUGUUUAGGCCAGUGACACAAUCUCAAUUUAAUCAAUUUUGAAUGUGGAAAAAGUCAAGAGGAAUGAAUACUUUCUGAAAGCACUGUGACGUAGCCUAAACAAAAUAAGUACGAAAAUAACCUCAAUUUGUGCAAACAAAAGUCUUUCUUUCAAGGUUUGACAGAAUAUUUUAGCUUAUCCUAUAGACCCCCCAUAUUCAACUGGCAGUCUGCGCUGUCCAGAUUCGCCGCCGGUAUCAUAUAAACACACAAAAGACAUUGAAAAAUGUGUAGAAUUGCAGGAAAUGAGCUUUAAAACAGCCAACAAAUACACUGCCCCAAUGAAAAAUUUGUUGAAUUGCAGGAAAUUAGCUUUAAAACUGCACAAUUUUCUCUCUGCCAACAAGAGGGGUGUGAACAGUUUGGUUUCAAAUAGGUUGUGAGGUAGGGGUUUGUUACUACGCCGAUAAAUGACAAUAUCCAUCCGGACCUUUGCCACCUAGGAAAUGUUCCCUUUACCCUGAUGAUCUGUUUGCAUAUUCUGCAAGUGACUUGGGUCAGGUCUGCUGGCUCACCUUUUAUCGUUCGACCUAAAACCGAAUAACUGCCAAACAGGCGACGAUGUGCUUUUCUUUCCCACCAAGUCAGUCAUAGUUUUUACUGAUUUAGUGUAUGGAAGCUAUACUAUAGUGAAAUCCUUUUUUAAUUUUAGUUUUAUUUUUUACAGUCAAACUGUCUAAAAGUAGCCUAAUUGGAGAAAAAUAUCGCACAUUUUUUGCGUGGUGGCAGCAUCAUGCUGUGGGGAGGUUUUUCAGGGACUGGGAAACUAGUCAGGAUCGAGGGAAAGAUGAACGGAGAAAAGUACAGAGAUCCUUGAUAAAAACCUGGUCCAGAGCACUCAGGACCUCCGACUGGGGCGAAGGUUCACCUUCCAACAGGACAACGACCCUAAGCACACAGCCAAGACAAUGCAGGAGUGGCUUCGGGACAAGUGUCUGAACGUCCUCGUGUGCCAGAGGCCGGACUUGAACCCGAUCAAAAUAGCUGUGCAGUGACGCUCACCAUCCAACCUGACAGAGCUUGAGAGGAUCUGCAGAGAAGAAUGGGAGAAACUCCACAAAUACAGGUGUGCCAAGCUUGUAGGGUCAUACCCAAGAAGACUCGAGGCUGUAAUCGCUGCCAAAGGUGCUUCUACAAAUUUCUGAGUAAAGGGUCUGAAUACUUAUUUAAAUGUGAUAUUUCAGUUUAUUUUUAAUUAAGUUAGCAAACAUGUCUAAAAUCCUAUUUUUGCUUUGUCAUUAUGGGGUAUUGUGUGUAGAUUGAUAUGGGGGGGGGGGGGGAAUAAUUGAAUCCAUUUUAGAAUAAGGCUGUAAAGUAACAAUGUGGAAAAAGUAAAGGGGUCUGAAUACUUUCCGAAUGCACUGUAUAAUAUAUAUUUUUUAAAGAUAAGCUAAUAUAACUGAUAUCUGAGUGUUUUUAUGGACAAGAGAAACAUAGCCCUACCAUUUUGUAAAUCAUUCUGUAGACUAGAUAAACAAACAAUAUUGCGUUCUUCCCACCAAUUGACCCCUCUGUGUGCAAUGGGACAAUGUGUCAUUCCACAUCGCCCAACCGUAGUUGCCACUGAUCAAACCAAUCACAUAGUUUGCAUGGGUGGAGAGCCAAAUAGAGAUUGUGUUGCUAAACUAGUGAUGGGCAUAAUUCUGAGUCUUUUCAAUGAGCUGGAUCUUUUGGCUCCAUUCACCUAAAAGAGCUGUUCAUUUGACUGCCAAAGGGUUCUUCGCUCGGUAGUGCAUAGAAAUGGAUGAAAAACAGCAACUUUCUAAUGUAUAGUCUAAAAGGUUUCCUACCAUUAUGUCAGAUGGUGAAAUGUGAGUUCAAAUAAAACAUUUACCUGAUGAAAUUACAUUACUUGCAAUUUUUUUUUUUUUUUUUACACACUGCAAAAAUGAGCUAGGACUGGAAUGAGGCUCUCUCCACACUACCUUUUUGUUCCUACAGUGAGGAUUGAACAUCUUCAGAUAAUGUUUUUAUAACUUAUAAAUCUGGGAGCCAUAUGAACGGAUCUCACAGAUGCGAUUCGGUUCCCGACAUUUACCAAAAAUAUCAGUUCAAAAAGAGCUGUUCAUUCGCGAAUGACCCAUCACUAUUAAAAACAAAACAAAACAACAUCUGAGUUGCAAGAAGCUAGUAUGCACUUUGUCCGACACGGUAGGAAAAGCGACACAGACAAAACAAGGAAAAAAACAAGGAAUGCCUCUCUGGAGGCUCAGUUGGUAGAGCAUGGCGCUUGCAACGCCAGGGUUGUGGGUUCGUUUCCCACUGGGGGCUAGUAUGAAAAAUGUAUGCACUCACUAACUGUAAGUCGCUCUGGAUAAGAGCGUCUGCUAAAUGACUAAAAUGUUAAAAAAAAAAAAAAAAAAAGUGUUCUCUGUGCCAAUCAAAUCUGAGCUUGAAUUCCAGCGCUUCCAUUAGGGAUGGGCACGGUUAUUCGACAAUCGACCGGACGUUAGUAUUAGAUUACUUGGUAUACAUUUUUGAGAAUAAUAAAUAUAUAGGCCUAUUUUAACAAUGAAGGCUUUGUCUAAAAUUGUAAUAAAAUAAUUUGUGACAUUGCUACAUAGCCUACAAGGAUAGACCAUUUUAUAUUCAAAAAAUGUAUUUAAAAGUUAUGCACCCUAUUAAAAAAAUAAAUAUAUAUAUAUAUAUAUAUACAGUGGGGGGAAAAAAGUAUUUAGUCAGCCACCAAUUGUGCAAGUUCUCCCACUUAAAAAGAUGAGAGAGGCCUGUAAUGUUCAUCAUAGGUACACGUCAACUAUGACAGACAAAUUGAGGAAAACAAAUCCAGAAAAUCACAUUGUAGGAUUUUUAAUGUAUUUAUUUGCAAAUUAUGGUGGAAAAUAAGUAUUUGGUCACCUACAAACAAACAAGCAAGAUUUCUGGCUCUCACAGACCUGUAACUUCUUCUUUAAGAGGCUCCUCUGUCCUCCACUCGUUACCUGUAUUAAUGGCACCUGUUUGAACUUGUUAUCAGUAUAAAAGACACCUGUCCACAACCUCAAACAGUCACACUCCAAACUCCACUAUGGCCAAGACCAAAGAGCUGUCAAAGGACACCAGAAACAAAAUUGUAGACCUGCACCAGGCUGGGAAGACUGAAUCUGCAAUAGGUAAGCAGCUUGGUUUGAAGAAAUCAACUGUGGGAGCAAUUAUUAGGAAAUGGAAGACAUACAAGACCACUGAUAAUCUCCCUCGAUCUGGGGCUCCACGCAAGAUCUCACCCCGUGGGGUCAAAAUGAUCACAAGAACGGUGAGCAAAAAUCCCAGAACCACACAGGGGGACCUAGUGAAUGACCUGCAGAGAGCUGGGACCAAAGUAACAAAGCCUACCAUCAGUAACACACUACGCCGCCAGGGACUCAAAUCCUGCAGUGGCAGACGUGUCCCCCUGCUUAAGCCAGUACAUGUCCAGGCCCGUCUGAAGUUUGCUAGAGUGCAUUUGGAUGAUCCAGAAGAGGAUUGGGAGAAUGUCAUAUGGUCAGAUGAAACCAAAAUAUAACUUUUUGGUAAAAACUCAUCUCGUCGUGUUUGGAGGACAAAGAAUGCUGAGUUGCAUCCAUAGAACACCAUACCUACUGUGAAGCAUGGGGGUGGAAACAUCAUGCUUUGGGGCUGUUUUUCUGCAAAGGGACCAGGAUGACUGAUCCAUGUAAAGGAAAGAAUGAAUGGGGCCAUGUAUCGUGAGAUUUUGAGUGAAAACCUCCUUCCAUCAGCAAGGGCAUUGAAGAUGAAAUGUGGCUGGGUCUUUCAGCAUGACAAUGAUCCCAAACACACCGCCCGGGCAACGGAGUGGCUUCGUAAGAAGCAUUUCAAGGUCCUGGAGUGGCCUAGCCAGUCUCCAGAUCUCAACCCCAUAGAAAAUCUUUGGAGGGAGUUGAAAGUCCGUGUUGCCCAGCGACAGCCCCAAAACAUCACUGCUCUAGAGGAGAUCUGCAUGGAGGAAUGGGCCAAAAUACCAGCAACAGUGUGUGUGAAAAUCUUGUGAAGACUUACAGAAAACGUUUGACCUGUGUCAUUGCCAACAAAGUGUAUAUAACAAAGUAUUGAGAAACUUUUGUUAUUGACCAAAUACUUAUUUUCCACCAUAAUUUGCAAAUAAAUUCAUAAAAAAUCCUACAAUGUGAUUUUCUGGAAAAAAUUCUCAUUUUGUCUGUCAUAGUUGACGUGUACCUAUGAUGAAAAUUACAGGCCUCUCUCAACUUUUUAAGUGGGAGAACUUGCACAAUUGGUGGCUGACAAAAUACUUUUUCCCCCCUGUGUGUGUGUGUGUGUGUGUGUGUGUGUGUGUGUAUAUAUAUGUAUAUAUAUAUAUAUAUAUAUAUAUAUAUAUAUAUAUAUAUAUAUAUAUAUACACACACUGAUAACGUGUGUAGGCUGUUAUUGUCGGUUAAUCAAGGCGGCGCUACAGAGACUCCAUGUGCAGCAAGUGAACUGGGAGAUUUCUUAUCAAUGCAAAAUGGAAUUACAAUUAUGGAAUUAAGUUGGCUAAAUAAGAACUAGGCUAUAAUCAUCAACCAACAGUUAGGCUGUCGUUUCAUAUGAAUGGAGUUGUAGACAAGUAGGGGGAGCGCUGAAAAAUAGCCUGAAUUAGCCUUGCUACUUUAGCUAGCUAGUUACUGUAGCUAGCUAGCUUCUUUACAAGCAAUAACUUUCUAUAAUUGGCGUGAGUCGGAUUUGGCUACUUUUUUUUCCUCUUUCAGCGUGCCCCACACAUACCGGUUCCUCUCCUGUCUCACCCCUUCCCCACCAUCCAGCUGAAACAAGCAGAGCGAGCAAGUCUCCAUUUGAAGUUUUAAGGUUUUCUUUAAAACAUGUAUUUCGACUAUCCGGAUAGCCAAAAAAUAUAUAUAUUAUUCAAAUAGUGAAGUCAUUUCAAAUGCCCAUCCCUAACUCUCAUUCAAAUGCAGAAUCCAAUAGUUAAGUUCUCCAGACUUCUAAUAGUCAACGAGAUGAGCUUUUGAAGGAUGGCCAUGCGAGACUAUGGUGAGCAUAACAGAAGGAAAGUCACCCAAGCUCUUUCUCUCCCUCAGACCUCCACUUGGCCACAGACCUUUAGCCUAACUCAACUGAUGUAAUGUUUUGUCUUGUGUUGUCAGAUACAUAGACCAGGGUCGUAACCCCCAGCUGUACACCAAAGAGUGUCUGGAAAGGGCCCUGGCCAAGAAUGAGCAGGUCAAAGGCAAGAUUGACACCAUGACGGUAAGUAGCAGUAGAUUCAAGCCUAAUAAAGACCUAGAAAUAGAAGAUCAGUACAUUGAGGAAAUUACAUGAUGACAAGUAGUCUUGGUUACACUUUGGAAGUGUCCUAAGCAGAUACAGUAUAACGCCCUUAUACUGUCUUAUUACCAUCAGAACCAUAAUGAUCCGGACUAAAUAACAGUAAAUAAUCUACAGCUUCAACCUCUGACCCCUCUGUUCUGUCUCUGGUUGCAGAAGUUCAAGAGCCUGCUGAUCUCUGAGCUGGGCAAGGUGUUUCCAGAGGAGAUGACCAAGUACAAGGCUAUCCACGGAGAUGACCCCCCCUCAUAG